GGAAAGUUGAAGCCGUCACUGCUGCGAGCCGCUCCAGACUGCUGUCCAGUUAACAAGGUCAGAGGUCAGUAAAGGCAGUGGUACCACUGGCCAGAGAUGAUGUCCAUGCAAAUGAGUGAGGCGGACAGUGUGGUGAAGGUGGCGGAGUGGCAGCAGACCUACUACGCCUCAGACUCUGGCAUCCAAUCAGGAGCCACCACAGUCCACGACGAUGAGAGUAGCACUGAGUACAGCGGCCGUAAGAAGUACACUGGCAGUACUACAACCAGUACAACUACUGCACCUGCGACUGCCACCGCUGGGGGAGGAGGAGACGCAGCAGCUGGUGGACUGGAGAGCCCCACAGAUUUAGAUGCUCAGUACUCACUAACAAGGGCUCAGCGCGUGAGGGCCGCCAUGUUCCCAGAGACCCUGGUGGAGGGGGAAGCGGCCAUGCCCGUCCAAUCAGAUCCUACACAGCAGAGCAAUGUGCAACGACUGGCUGAGCCGUCCCAGCUGCUAAAGACAGCUAUAGUCCACCUGAUAAACUACCAGGACGACGCUGAGCUGGCCACCAGGGCAGUGCCAGAGCUCACCAAACUGCUGGCAGAUGAUGAUCCGGUCGUGGUGAACAAGGCGGCCAUGAUAGUCAACCAGCUGACCCGUAAGGAGGCCAGUCGUCGGGUGCUGGUGCAGUCUCCGGCUAUGAUAGGUGCUGUGGUGCGUGCCAUGACGACAGCGGUUGACAUGGAGACAGCACGCUGCACGGCCAGCGUGCUCCACAGCCUGUCGCACCAGAGGGAGGGACUGUUGGCCAUAUUCAAGUCUGGAGGAAUACCAGCACUGGUCCGCAUGCUAAGUUCGCCAGUGGAAUCAGUUUUAUUUUAUGCCAUCACUACCCUCCACAAUUUGCUGCUGCACCAAGAAGGGGCCAAGAUGGCGGUGCGUCUUGCUGAUGGCCUGCAGAGGAUGGUUCCCUUACUGAAAAAGAGUAACCCCAAGUUUCUGGCCAUAACCACUGACUGUCUGCAGCUCUUGUCCUACGGCAACCAGGAGAGCAAGCUGAUCAUCUUAGCAAAUGGGGGCCCAGAGGGUCUGGUGUUCAUUAUGAGGAACUACAACUAUGAGAAGCUACUGUGGACCACAAGCCGCGUUCUCAAAGUGCUGUCUGUCUGUCCCAGCAACAAGCCAGCCAUAGUUGAGGCUGGUGGUAUGCAGGCUUUGGGCCAACAUCUUACAGGUUCCAGUCAGCGUCUGAUCCAGAACUGUCUGUGGACGCUCCGCAAUCUGUCAGAUGCUGCAACCAAACAGGAGGGGUUAGAUGGUCUGUUGCAGAUACUGGUGACCCAGCUGGGUUCAGAUGAUGUCAACAUGUUGACCUGCGCAACUGGUAUCCUGUCCAACCUCACCUGUAAUAACUCACGUAACAAGACUCUGGUGACUCAGUAUGGCGGCGUGGAGGCAUUGAUCCAUGCUGUGCUUCGUGCUGGGGAGAAGGAGGAUGUUGCUGAGCCAGCGGUCUGCGCCCUGCGUCACCUCACAUCUCGCCACCAGGACGCCGAACUGGCCCAGAAUGCAGUACGGCUGCACUAUGGUAUCCCAGCUGUUGUCAAGCUGCUGGGGCAGCCGCACUACUGGCCUGUCGUAAAGGCUACAGUUGGUCUGAUCCGGAACCUGGCACUGUGCCCAGCCAAUCAGGCGCCGCUGAGGGAGGCGGGUGCUAUUCCACGAUUAGUCAACCUGCUGCUAAAGGCUCACCAGGACACACAGAGGCACGCAUCCUCCGCACAGCAGACAUACCAGGAUGGCGUUCGUAUGGAGGAAAUAGUAGAGGGCUGCACAGGAGCACUCCACAUUCUGGCCAGAGACCCUAUAAACAGAGGAGAGAUCGCCAGCAUGCAAACCAUUCCAUUAUUUGUACAGCUGCUGUACUCGUAUGUGGAGAACGUGAAGCGAGUAUCGGCAGGUGUCCUGUGUGAGCUGGCCCUGGAUAAACAGUCUGCAGAGCUUAUUGAUGCAGAGGGAGCGUCAGCACCCCUCAUGGAGUUGCUGCACUCCAACAAUGAGGGAAUCGCCACCUACGCUGCAGCAGUUCUAUUCCGAAUUUCGGAGGACAAAAGUUCAGACUACAGGAAGAGAGUGUCAGUGGAGCUCACACACUCACUCUUCAAACACGACCCCGCUGCCUGGGAAAUGGCCCAUACUGCAGUUCCUUUGGAGCCUACAUACCUAGCUGAUGAUUUAGAUGGCUCUUACCCUCCCUAUGGCUAUGCUGAUCUGCCCCUCGACACCCUGCCACUAGACCCAGACCUCCACGAGUCCUACAUCCCUGACAUGACCUACAACCCAAGACAGGCCUACCCUGAACCACUCUAACAGGAGAAUAAAACAGAAAUGCUGAAAGGAAACAAGAGAAGACCAAAUCAGAGGAAGAAAGACUAGAGGAAUAAAUGGAGGAAGGAGACUGGACGGAGAUUGGAGGUUUUAAUCACAAAGUGAAUGAG